AUGGUCUGCCUCUAUCAAGCCGCGGCGCUCUUCACAGCGGCACUUGCUGCCACGGGUGCCUUGGCGCGAGUGACGCAGUCCGAAUCGACAGACUCGACUUUGCUCCAAGCGUUCGAGGACUGCAUGGACAAAUGCGCCACCAACAGCAGCAGUGGCAACGGCACGCUGACUGCCAACACCAACUUCUUCAUGUCGGAGUCGCCGCUGUACGAAGACUACGCGACGGGCCCCAAGGCGCGUAUCGACCGCAAGCCCCUGGGUGUGUACUUUGCCUCGUCGGAAGAGGACGUGGUGCGCGCCGUCAAGUGCUCGGUGCAGAGCGGCCUGGCACCCGUGCCUCGCAGCGGCGGCCACUCGUACGAAGUGCUGUCGUCCAUGGACGGCUCGCUGGUCAUCGACAUCGCCGACAUGGUGGACGUCAACCUUGUGUCCGAGAACAAGGAGGAGGGCUCCGUUCUGGCCACGAUACAGGCGGGUGCUCGUUUGGCCUGGGUCUACACGGAGCUGGACCGGCUCGGAGGCUACAACUUCAACGCCGGCACGUGCCCUAGCGUCGGCAUCGGCGGUCACAUCAGCGGCGGAGGCUACGGCAUGGUGAGCCGCCACUACGGACUCGCGGCUGACCAGACCACCGAGAUGCGGGUGGUGCUCUACAACGGCACGGUUGUCACCGCGUCCACUACGCAGAACCCGGACCUGUUCUGGGCGCUGCGCGGUGGCGGUGCCGGCUCGUUCGGCAUUGUCACGCUCUUCACCAUCAAGGCGUACAAGAUGCCGGUUGUGACGGUCUUCAGCAUGCAGUUCAACGUCUCCGUGCGUGCGCAGGUGUUGCGCGCGUGGAUGGACUACUUCCCUACGGCCGACUCGAGGGUGACCACGCAGCUCGUGGUGGACGGCGGAGGCGCGCGCAUGACCGGCCAGUACCUGGGCUCCAAGGCGGAGCUGGACGUGCUGCUCAACUCGUCGGGUCUGUUCGACCACGGCGGCUUGAAGACUAUCGACCGCCGCGACAACUGCUCACAGCUCGCCACCAAGGCGUACGUCUGGAAGGGCACGUGCGACGACCUGAGCUCGCUCAACGUCUCGCACCACCUGACGUCGGCCGACAAGGACUACAGCAAGAUCAAGGGCGGCUACUCCAACUCGGCGCUGGACGACGAGGGCGUGCAGACUGUGCUGGACUGGGCCGACAGCCUGCCCAACACCACGUGGGCGUACAUCCAAUUCGAGGCGUACGGCGGCGUCUUCGCCUCGCAGAAGAACGACAUGACUCCGUGGGCGCACCGUGAUGCCGUCUGGUCCGUGCAGAUCGGCGUGGGCGCCAACAAGGGCGAGUCCGAGGACUCCCCGUCCUACAACUGGAUCCGCGGCAUCGCCGGCGCCCUCGAGAAGUACUUCGACGGCGGCAACUACCAGAACUACUGCGACCUGGACCUGGGCGCCGACUUCGGCCGACGCUACUGGGGCGCCGACAACUUCGCGCGCCUGCGCCAGAUCAAGGCCCAAUACGACCCAUGGAACGUCUUCCACAGCGCUCAGUCCAUCCCACUGCCUUAG